CUCCCCCCUCGGGGAGCACAUGUAAAUUUUGCUAGAGUACUCCCUUCAAGGAUAGGAUCUAUAAAAAUAAAAGGUUUACGGUAAUUAACUCCAUGCGCGCGCGCGUUUGUAAUUGGCAUGCAGAUUUUGCGGCUAAAUUCGAGGUGUCUCGCCCCUAUAAAUUUGUUUCUCUGCCUCCCAUUUCCUGCAGGGGCCCAUCCCUGACUUCCCUCCAUACCCUCCGUUACAUUCCCCUAAUGCCGCCAUCGCACCUCGCCGCCACCGCGGCACAAUCCCCGGCCUCAUCGCGAGGUCGGCGUCCCCGCCAUGGCGGCGCGAUGAUAUCCGCCUCCUGCUGUCGCGCCGCGGCCCUCGCCUCCCUCCUCGCCGCCGCCGCGGCCACCGCGUUCCUCACCUUCUCGCUGCCAUUGUCCCCCAGCGUGUCCACCACCAAGCACACGGCAGAAUUAUUGUCCGCCGCGAGCUCCACGCCGCCGCCACCACAUCCAACAUUAGCUACGGCGUCACCUCCACCGCCGUCCCCGCCGCCUGCAGAACCAGCUACGUCCGCGGCGAGGCCCCGAAAACGAGAGGUAUGUACGUGCCCGCAUGCAGGUUGGGGAUUCAAAGUAACGGUGUUGUCUAUUUUCGUUCUGUGUCGUGGUGAUCAGCCGUCGUAUUGGAGGAUGGCGCCAGAGGAGGCGCUGAGGUACGCCAAGAAGGAGAUAAUGGCCGCCGAGCCGGUCGUCGCCGACGACCCCGACGACCUGUACGCGCCUCUCUUCAAGAACGUCUCCCAGUUCAAGAGGAGCUACCAACUGAUGGAACGGAUACUCAAAGUUUACAUUUACCAGGACGGUCGGCGGCCCAUCUUCCACACCCCUCCCCUCAGCGGCAUCUACGCGUCCGAGGGCUGGUUCAUGAAGCUCCUCGAGGAGAGCAGGCCGUUCGUCGUCGCCGACGCCGCCAAGGCGCACCUCUUCUACCUGCCCUACAGCUCGCAGAAUCUCAGGCUCUCGCUCUACGUGCCGGACUCGCAUAACCUGCGCCCCCUGGCCGUCUACCUCAGAGAUUUCGUCAAGGGCCUCGCCGCCAAGUACCCCUUCUGGAACCGCACCAGAGGCGCCGACCAUUUCCUCGUCGCCUGCCACGAUUGGGGACCAUACACGACCACGGCGCACCGCGACCUGUCCAGGAACAGCAUCAAGGCGCUGUGCAACGCUGACAGCUCGGAGGGGAUCUUCACGCCCGGGAAGGACGUGUCUCUCCCGGAGACGACCAUCAGGACGCCCAAGCGGCCGCUCCGGUACCUCGGUGGGCACCCCAUCUCCCGGCGGCACAUCCUCGCCUUCUUUGCCGGCAACGUGCACGGCAGGGUCAGGCCGGUCCUCCUCCAGCACUGGGGCAAGGGGCAGGACGAGGACAUGAGGGUGUACGCUCUCCUCCCCGGCAGGGUGUCCAGGACGAUGAACUACAUCGAGCACAUGAAGAAUAGCAGGUUCUGCCUUUGCCCCAUGGGGUACGAGGUGAACAGCCCCAGGAUCGUGGAGGCCCUGUACUACGAGUGCGUGCCGGUGAUCAUCGCCGACAACUUCGUCCUCCCCUUCAGCGACGUGUUCGACUGGAGCGCCUUCUCAGUGGUGGUGGCGGAGAAGGACAUACCGGACCUCAAGAGGAUACUGCAGGGGAUCUCGCUCCGGAAGUACGUGGCCAUGCACGACUGCGUCAAGCGGCUCCAAAGGCACUUCUUGUGGCACGCCAGGCCCCUCAGAGGAUUUCUGACGAGUCAGAGGUCAGGACCGAGAACAACGUACGACCAUGCUGAAGAGAUUAGCCGUGGAGAUGAGCGAGCUUGCGGCGAGCGCUAUGAAGGCAAGGAAGGACAGCCACACGGAGCUGGUGAUCUUCCUGUUGAAGGCGUCCUGGCUGAACCUCGACACCCACAGAUUGUUGCGCGACGCGGCAGCCGAGGACGCCGACAUGAGGAGAUACGCCAGGACCUGCAGCAGAGCCAGGAAGACGAUGAUGAGGCAAGAAAUGGAAGAGCAGCUCGAUUGUUGGGCGUGAACGUUUCGCUUGCCUGA